AUGAGCGUCUCACUCCGGAAGUUCAGCCAGGGGAGGGAACCCAACCUAAUAGUUUCGGCUGCUGUGGAAAGUGGUAGAGAACAGUCGCUCUCCUUCGCCGGCUCGCUGGCUCCAAUUGUUGAACAAAUUGAAAUGUCAUUUAGAUUAAUUCGAAGAGCUCGGCUCCAAGAUAUCUGUACAAUCUCGAACUCGGCUUUUUUAGCGAACCAAUCACAAAUUUCGAAAUUUAUGCAUACCCAGUUGACGAUGAAUCUUCCGCCACAGAGCACUAACGAGAGGAAGAUUCCUGAUUACAUGGACGUCGUUCGCAAGGAAGGCAAUGACAUGCGGAGCGACGGCUAUUUCCUCAUGAAACUCAUAGACGACUCUGUUUCGCAUGACGGGUUCGAAUCUAUUGCUCCUAUUUUCUCCAAGUUUCGUGGGGUUAUUAAUUGUCAGCUGUGUAACUGGAUGAUCAGGGGUUAUUUGGAUUCGAAUAAGCACUUGAAUUCACUCCUCAUUUUUGCCCACAUGCAUAAAUUUAGCAUUCUGCCCGAUUCUUCCACUUUUCCGGCCGUUAUUAAAGCGACUGCACGAUCAUGUAACGUUGAACUUGGAAAAAUGAUACAUGGUACUGUAAUUCAGAUGGGGUUUAUUCGUGAUGUGUACACAAGCACGGCUCUAGUUCAUAUGUAUUGCACUUGCUUGUCUAUAUCGGAUGCUUAUCAGCUGUUCGACGAAAUGCCCGAGAGAAACUCUGUUACUUGGAAUGCUCUGAUUACUGGUUAUACCCAUAAUAGGAAGUUCAUGGAAGCUAUCAAUGCUUUCCGAGGAAUGCUGGCAGCUGGGGCUGAACCGAGCGAGAGAACCGUGGUGGUGGUUCUAUCUGCUUGUUCACACUUGGGAGCUUUGAACCAGGGAACGUGGAUCCAUGAGUUUAUAUAUCAGAACAAGUUGAGGCUGAACGUGUUUGUGGGCACGGCACUUAUUGAUAUGUAUGCUAAAUGUGGGGCUGUUGAGGAGGCGGAGAAGGUCUUUGAAGAAAUUAGAGAGAAGAAUGUCUAUACGUGGAAUGUCUUGAUUUCUGGAUACGCCAUGAAUGGACAAGGUGACGAGGCUUUGCAGGCUUUUUCUAUGAUGUUGAGGGAAAAUUUCAAGCCUGAUGAGGUUACCUUUCUAGGUGUCUUGUGUGCCUGUUGUCAUCAAGGUCUGGUCACUGAAGGGCGCAGGCAAUUUGUGAGCAUGAAACAACACUUUGGACUGCGACCAAGGAUUGAGCAUUAUGGGUGUAUGGUUGACCUACUCGGUCGAGCGGGGUUGUUGGAGGAAGCUCUAGAGUUGAUCCAAUCCAUGAGCAUGGAGCCGGAUCCUAUCAUUUGGAGGGCUCUGCUUUGUGCUUGCCGAGUUCAUGGAAAUACAAAGUUGGGUGAAUAUGCUAUCAGAAGACUUAUAGAUCUAGAACCGAACAAUGGCGAGAAUUAUGUAUUGCUGUCAAAUCUAUAUUCAAGGGAGCGGCGGUGGAUUGAAGUAGGGAAGCUGAGAGGAAUGAUGAGUCUUAGGGGGAUCGGAAAAGUCCCUGGUUGCAGUUCAAUUGAAAUAAAGAAUGUAGUUUAUGAGUUCGCUGCAUCAAAUGACAGAAAACCAGAAUUUGAUGCAAUAUAUAAGCAGUUGGACAAUGUGAUCGAGAAAUUGAAAGCAAAUGGUUACAUUACAGGCACCGGAAUGGCUUUGUUUGAUAUUGAGGAAGAAGAGAAAGAACAUUGUGUGAUGUACCACAGUGAGAAACUUGCUUUAGCUUUUGGUCUCUUAAAUUCUCCUUUAGAUUGCGCCCUAAGGAUAGUGAAAAAUCUGAGAAUUUGCUUGGAUUGCCACGAGUUUUUCAAGGUUGCAUCACUUGUUUAUAAAAGAUUUAUUGUUGUGAGAGACAGAAACCGUUUCCAUCAUUUCUCGGAAGGUUUUUGUUCAUGCCGAGACUAUUGGUGACAAAGUGAACGUGUUAGAACUACUUUUCCAGCAUUUAUUGCUUGUCCUCGGUGGGAAUCACGCAAAUCAUUUGGAUCCGGAGCUGAGCACGAGAUUAAUGGUUUCUGUGGAAAUGAAGAAAAAUUCUGAAAUUCGGUGGCCAAAGCUCUUCAACACUGCUCAGCCAUGGUUCAAGCCGCCAUAUAUAGUUGAUGUGUCCGAGAAAGAAUUGCAAUCCAUUCCCCCUUUGACCAAACAAAAUGGUACAUUUACUAGUUUCUGAUGUUUUAUAGAACCCCAUUUCAAUUCUGAAAUUCUAAUAAACUAUGGAGCAUGGGAAAUAGAUUCCAUCAAUGUUUGAAAGCCAAUGGAAGAGAAUAAGCUGAAGGAGUCGUCAUUCAGUUCUGUUUUCGCAGGAUUCACUCUACCUAUGUAUUACUCCGUAGGAUUCUGACCAAUUGGGGAGGUCUACUUGAAUUAAUUUAAUGAAGCAUCAAGAAAAACACAGCUCUCUGACCUCAAUCCUGUCAAGUGUCAACAAAGAGAUGGGAGUUGGUGGCUUGCUUCUGAGAUUUAAGACCCAUAUUCUCUACUUAGAUGCUGUGAAUUCACUUCAGGAUAUUCAUUGACGGAAGUGGUUUCCUUAAGCUAAGUUUAGCAUGGUACGGGUACUCUUUUUUAGUGUAUUUCUUCCAAUUCGCCGAAUACUUCCAAUACCUCAACACGUAGUUUGGAGCUUUGCAAAGAAAUAUAGUUCAGUAGCCACAUGUACGUUAUUUUGGGACAGGUGGAUAUCCGCAUUAAAUUAGAGGGCUAAAAGUUAGCUCAAAGAGCUAAAUUCUUUUUUUUUUUUUUUAAGUUUCCUUUGAUAAAUGAAAUUUGGGUCUUGUAAAAGAUGCCACUCAACGAUUAAAGUCCUCUAGAUGAGUCUUUGAGUGUAACUAAUUUUGGGUCUUAGUCAGGAAGAUGAGAUAAAAUGCCAAUGAUUUGAUAUUAGCUUCUACAACAUUCUGGUUUUUCCUAUCAAGUUGACUUCUUAGGCUUUCGAAUAGCGAUUUUUAGAAUUCUAGAGGGAAAGAUAAAUAAACUUAAACAUUAGAAUAUGUCAUUUCCAUCAACCAAAAUUACUAGGAGAAAGCUUGAACUUUUGGUCGAGAUGAGGCAGAUCUAACUAACUAUUCAACUAAAACUACUUUUUGUUGGUUUCAGCCCAUGCUGGAGCUUCUUUUGGGUAGCUCUAAUGCAUAUCCUCCUUGAUUGCUUCUAUACGAUGUGAUUGGAUUACUUUGCUUGCUUGCUGCCUCGGUGUCUUGUUCACUUCUUGGCAAUACAGUGUCACCAUCUUACUGUACAGGAUGCAAUCCUAAGUUGUGUUCGACUUACUUGAGCCAGGAAAGUGCAGAAAGGAUCGGUCGGAGGGACGAAAGCAGACGUGGAGAGGUUGACUUUUGGCUUUGUUGUUGAGGUGGUGGAAUGCACCAGAAGAGGAGGAGAGGGAGCACAAGGGGCAGCCGCCAUUGAAUCGCUAUCAAGCAGUCCCAUGCGGCGAGCCAGUAGUGACAUUUGAAGCUGCUGCUGUAUUCCUAGAGGCAUGCCCAUCUGCGGCAAAGCUCUGAUGCUGGACAUGAAUUGAACUUGUGCUUGAAGUUGCUUCAAGUAUUUAAUCGUGUCAUCCAAAAGUGAAGCUCUAUCCGUCUGUAAAAUGAAAAGAUUAUUGUUCAGCUCUCUUUCCUUUAGCAGAUAUAAAUUGUCAUGCUUGCCAUAUAUCCAAUUAUUUGAGUCUCCAGCGAUUA